GCGAAGGACUUUAAUCGAGGCUGGUCAUGGGCAAGGCGCAAAAGAAGACAGGUAAGGGUCGGCUCGACAAGUACUACAAACUUGCAAAAGAGCAAGGCUACCGCGCCCGGUCGGCCUUCAAGCUCAUUCAGCUAAAUAGAAAAUAUUCCUUCCUUGAGUCUGCACGAUGCUGCAUUGAUCUCUGUGCGGCUCCUGGAGGUUGGCUCCAGGUAGCCAGCAAGUACAUGCCGGCUAACAGCAUUAUAGUCGGUGUAGACUUGGUACCCAUUCGACCUAUCCCCAGAGUCGUUACUUUCGCAUCCGACAUCACAACCACUCAAUGCCGAAACCAGCUCCGAGGCGAACUCAAGGACUGGAAAGCCGAUGUCGUAUUGCAUGAUGGUGCACCGAAUGUCGGAACGGCAUGGGUUCAGGAUGCUUACAGUCAAUCUGAACUCGUGCUAAUGAGCCUGAAACUCGCAGUUGAAUUCCUCGUAAAAGGAGGUACAUUCGUCACCAAGGUUUUCCGCAGCGCCGAUUAUAACAACUUGGUCUGGGUGUUUGGUCAACUGUUUGGAAAGGUGGAGGCGACCAAGCCUCCUUCCUCAAGAAAUGUAUCUGCCGAAAUAUUCGUCGUUUGUCGCGACUUCUUGGCUCCAAAACAUGUCGAUCCCAAAUUUCUUGACCCAAAACAUGUCUUCAAGGAUCUUUCCGCUACUGUCGUGGAAGGCGCACCGGGUGUUGCGUCAAGUCACACUCAAGCCAAUGUAUUCAUGCCGGAAAAGCGUCGGCGGCAUCGCGAUGGAUACGACGACGGCGACUACACCCUAUUCAAAAAAGUUGGAGCAGGCGACUUCAUCAGAAGUCCGGACCCAAUCAAUGUACUUGGAUCUGUUAACCAGAUUAUAUUUGGUACUGAAGAAGAGAAAGGAUGGCUCACAAUGCGCGUGACUACUCCGGACAUCAAGGCCAAUUGCGAUGAUUUGAAGGUGUUGGGUAAAGGGGACUUCAAGGCAUUGCUGAAGUGGCGCAUGAGCCUACGGGAGGAACUUGGUCUCGAUCUCAAAACCACACAUGCGGAGGAGUUCACUGAACACGCGGAGGUGGAAGAAGAGGAUGUUGACGAAGAGGUUCAGAUUCAAGCGGAGCUUGAACGCCUCAAUCAAGAAAGUGCUGCUAGGCUGAAACGGGAGCGGAGGCGUGCCAAUGAAAUCAAGACAAAAACAAUACAGCGGAUGCAACUGCAGAUGACUGCUCCCCUAGACAUCGGUCUUGAACAACACGACGCAUCGUUGGGAUUCGGGCAAGAGGACGUGUUCGACCUGAAUGGUGCAGCUGCAGCUAAACUUCGUUUGAGAGACGGAACGGCGGAUCUCAGCGACGACGACAUGUCAGUAGGCUCCCAUCGUGCGCUUGAAGACGGACAAGAUGAUCUUGGCUCAGAUGAGGAGCAAGAGCGAAAAGUCUCGAGGUUGGAGUCGAUGUUGGACGGUAUGUAUGGCGCAUACCAGGAAAAGCUGCGAGAGAGAGAUGCAAAGUUCAAAGUCAAGGAGGGUCGGAAGAAAGGAGGGCUGCUAGAGGAGUGGAAUGGCGUGCAAGAUCGCAAGGACGAGGAUGGUGAGGACAGUGACGCUUCCGGUGGGUGGGAUAAAAUGCAGGAGGCAAAACAUGCAGGCGACUUCUCGUCAGAGGACGAGAGCGACGAGGACGGCGACAGCGCCAGUGAUGACGAACCACCACGAAAGAAAAUCAAACCUCGCCAAAAGGUAGAAGAGCCCAAUGGUGUUAGUCGAGCUGCUCAAUUUUGGUUCGGCCAAGACAUAUUCCAAGGGAUGGAGGUCCCUUCAGAAACGGAGGAUUCAGAGCAAGAGGGAUCUGAGGACGAAGAUAUAGCUAUGGGCUCGGGUGAGGUGUCUGAUCAAGCAUCCUCCUCCGGAAGUGACUUCGAAACUGUGCCUCAAGAUGAAGAGGAUGAUGGCGAAGACUGGGACGCUGAAGGCGAAGAUGUAAACGAGAAGACGCGGCAGAAAAUCCAAAAGCGCGGACUAAUAACCGCAGAGGCUGCGUCGAUCGCGGAGAGGCUUGUGAACAGGCAAACCACCAAAACUCACCUCAUCAACGACGGCUUCAAUCGGUAUUCACUAAACGACAAAGAUGGGCUCCCUGAAUGGUUUUUGGACGAUGAGGCCAAAUUCUACAAGCCCAACAUACCAAUCUCGAAGGAGGCCGUAGUUGCUCUGCGUGCGAGGCAGAGAGCUCUUGACGCCAGACCCAUCAAAAAAAUAGCCGAAGCUAAGGGCAGGAAGAAGUUCAAAGCUGCACAGAGGUUGGAGAAGGCCAUGAAGAAGGCUGAGGGAGUGAACGCGACCUCAGACUUGAGCGAACGAGAAAAGGCUAGGCAGAUUGAGACUCUCCUUCGCAAAGGUGCCGCCAAGGCUAAGAAGAAAGAGGUCAAAGUAGUUGUCGCGAAAGGAGCACACAAAGGAAUCAAGGGUCGGCCUAAAGGUGUCAAGGGCAAAUACGCGAUGGUAGACGCCAGGAUGAGGAAAGAGGUUCGGGCCAAGAAACGGAAAGAUGCCGCCAGCAAGAAGCGGAAACGGACUUGA